ACCAGCCAGCCUCUAUUUAUAUAUAUAUAUAUAUAUAUAUAUUGCCGAUCGAAGAAUUAAAACACUUGAUUUUUCUCUCGAUCGCGAUCAAUUGGAUCGGAUGGCAAUGGCGGAAGAGUUUGAAGAAUCUGAUAUCGUGUUCAAUGGCGGAAACUAUAUCAUCGAGAAUAAUGAAGAUUAUUGCUUAAAGAAAUGGUUCACUGAUUCAUCAGAUGAUGAAUUACGAAUUAGAGCGAAAAGAAAAAAACUCGAUGACAAGAAACCAAAGCCAAUGAGCAUACCAAAGAGGAAUCAUAGUUUGGCUUGGUUACGUUACAUCGAACCACGUUUGAUACUCGAAUACGAGUACGAAGAUGAAGAUGAAAUGGUGCCGCCUCAUGUAAUGAUAAGAAGACGAUUAGCUGAGAAAAUGGCGUUUUCGGUUUGUUCUGGGAUGGGAAGGACAUUGAAAGGAAGAGAUUUGAGUGAAAUGAGGAAUUCUGUUUUGAGAAUGACUGGAUUUCUUGAAACUUAAUUAAUUAAGAUGCGCGCAUAUAUUAUUUUACAUUUCAUUUCAAGAUAUAUCAUUUGAUCACUAAAUGUUCCA